AUGACGAAUCUCCAUAAUUCUUACUUCCUUCCCAUCCUCAUCGUCCUCCAUCUCCAUCACAAUGUCGCCCUCAUCCCCCCCCCCGGCAAGCGCAAGCGCAGCGCCUCCCAUCUCCCGGUCCCCCAAUCCACCACAACCGAGCUCCAGCCAUCUUCACGCGACGCGUCUGCCGAAGAGGGCGAGGACUCCACUGGCCCAGCCAAUGCCAUCCCCAACAAAUCGAAGAAACAGACCAACGAGAAUGCGCCAUCAUCAAAGCGAGCUCGUAAGAGCUCCGGCGAUGCUUCCACCGUCACCAACGGAGCCGGCCCCGUCCACAACGAGGAUCCCGGCGAGCCCUCCGAGACCACCGUGGCCAGCAGCGACAUUGAAAGUCGUCCCCGGAGCCGCCCCGGCUUGCACAUCAAGCUCCCAGCGGACGAAGGCGAGCAGGACACCAUGGCGCCGCCGCAGGUGGGUAAAUUGCAGGACCCCGUUGGAUACCACACCAACCCGCCGCCGACGGGGCGGUCGGUGCGAGUGUACGCUGAUGGAGUGUUUGACCUGUUCCACCUUGGACACAUGAGACAGCUCGAACAGGCCAAAAAGGCCUUUGACGACGUGUACCUAAUUGUCGGUGUGACCGGUGACGAGGAGACUCAUAUGCGCAAGGGCUUGACCGUCCUCAGCGGUGCGGAGCGUGCUGAGACUAUCCGUCACUGCAAGUGGGUGGACGAGGUCAUUCCCAACUGUCCCUGGGUUGUGACCCCGGAGUUCCUGUCCGAGCACCAAAUCGACUACGUCGCUCACGACGACCUUCCCUACCAAGCUGCGGAGGGUGAUGAUAUCUACGAGCCCAUCAAGGCGCAGGGCAAGUUCCUUGUCACCCAGCGGACAGAGGGUGUCAGCACCACGGGCAUCAUUACUCGUAUUGUCCGUGACUACGACCAGUACAUCUCGCGGCAAUUCAAGCGCGGUGCCUCUCGCCAGGAAUUGAACGUGUCAUGGUUGAAGAAGAACGAGCUGGAGAUUAAGCGACAUGUGGUGGAACUCCGCGACAACAUCAAAAACAACUGGACGAUGACGGGUCAGGAGUUGGGCCGUGAGCUGCGACAGAUUUGGCAAAACAGCCGGCCCAACAGCCCGGCACCCAGCGCACGCAACAGCAUGGAUUGGGGUAGUGGCCGCGGGCCUUUGGCCAGCCCGACCGGCGGCAGCAAGUCGCAUCUGUCCCGCGUGGAGGCGCUCAACUCACCGCGCCCCGAGAGCCCAAUUGGCGGAGCGCGGAACGAGGACUUUGCCACCGGAUACAGUCUGGGACUGAUCGGAGGUGUUCGCGCAUGGAUGAUGCGAAGCCGCCAAUCCCUCCAGGAGCCGUUCAGCCAUCCGCAAUCUCCCGCGGACGAAGACGAGUCGGAGCUGACCAACGGCUUCGAUGAUGAAGUCCGCGGGCGAGUCGGCAAGGGCGUGUCGACUCUGUAG